AUGGCCUCCACGAGCGACAUUCGCGAUAUUAUGAACUUGGGCCAGGCAAGGCCCCGCCAGCCUGCGCCCAAGAAGAAAAAACACAUCGAACCUCAACCGCGCGUCACUGGUGUGAAGCGAGAAGUACAAGCUCUCAUGGGCGACUCGGUCCCUCCUAUUGCCAUCGUCGAACAGCGCUCCUACAAAUCAAGACCGUCCAUCUCGCAGAAAUUGUUCAAGCCGCGUCACUGGGAGGAGAGACCGUUUGUGCAUGGCGGAAGAACCGAUGGGUUGGUGUUGAGACACUGGAAACGGUCGAUUCCUGGCUCCAACGCCCGCGCCGCAGCGGCGGCGGCGGUCGCGAAUGGCUCGGCAGAUGUUGAAAUGACGGAUGAAUCAAAGGCACCAACCCCAGCGAUCCAGGAACUACGAUUUGAGGAAGAGUACCCGUCGCACAAAUGGAAUGUCAAGGUCCAGGUACCAGCUUAUACGGAUGAGCAGUAUGAGAACUUGUUAAGGUCGGAGGACUGGACGCGGCAGGAGACCGAUUAUCUCAUGGGACUAUGCCGUGACUAUGACUUGAGAUGGAUCAUCAUCGCCGACAGGUACAGCCCACAAGACAUUCAAGCUCCCCAGCCGGCUGCUCAAAACGGUGAGGCAAAUGGCAGCGAUCUUGUUGCGAAGCCUCAUUACCCUCAUCGCUCGAUGGAAGCUCUCAAACAACGAUACUAUGCCAUUGCCGCAAAGCUGAUGGAAGCGCAAACACCCGCGAGCACAAUGACCCAGGCUGAAUUCCAACUCUGGGAGAAGAUGCGUAAUUUUGAUGCCAAGACUGAGACAAUGAGAAAAGCCAUGGCGGAGAAACUAUUCGAGCGCACCAAAGACGAAGCUGAUGAGGAAAGAAUCCUCCUUGAAGAACUUCACCGCAUCACCAAGAACGAGGACGACUUCAUCAAAAUGAGACGGGAUCUUUAUGCGAGGCUUGAACCUGUGGCGCCUAUCAGAAGAACUGAAAGGGGCGAGGAGCAGUCUACUGCCAUGUACCAAACUUCCGGGGGACUUUCUAUGCUACUGCAGAGCCUUCUCGCCAAAGAGAAGAGGCUUAAGCGACCUCCUGUACCUGGCGGCAUCGAAAACGGCAGCGCUUCCACUCCCACCGAAUCGCAGAGAUACGAUAAGGGCAGACACCCAGCCCAGUAUAAUCGACGAGAUACUACAGACACUCAGGCUACCGAAGAUGUAUCUGGCGCGCAAAAGAAAGGCUCAAUGUCUCAACCCACCGUUAGAGCCUUGUCAUCUCAAGAGGAAGCACGGUUUGGUGUUUCGCAUCCACAAGAAAGAAUUACGAGUGGCGUGCAGUUCCGCCAUGAGAAGAUCAACCGCCUCACUAUGGCCAAGAGCCAAACUCAGACCACCAAGAUUCAGGCCGCGUUGACCGAACUAGGCAUCCCGCCUCGUUUGCUCAUGCCCACUGAACGGGUAUGUCGAGAGUUCGAGCGAUUGGUUACCGAGAUCAACGUGCUGCUUGAUUGUAGGAAGGUCAAUGAAAAGAUUGCGACUGAGAUCAAGAUUUUGGAGGAGGCCAGGCGAAUCAGGUUGGGAUUGCCAAAAGAGGGAGAGCAGCCUACUGCGUCUUCCGACCCAACACAGCCUUCCUAUCCUACGACUGCAGAUGCAAUGGAGGUUGAUGAUUCUGGAGUGGCAGAUGAUUCUAAGAGUGGAGACAUUAAGAAUAACUCAAUGGCUGUGGCUGAGGAGGAUCAGGAUGCUGAAGCCGAGGAUGAUGUCCCUCCGCAGAAGGUUGAUAUGAAGAGCUCAGAGGGUCAAGAUGGGAAGAAUGAGAGCUCUAUGCGAGUAAAUCAGCAGGUGGAUGACGCCGAUGCCGAUGCAGACGCUGACACGGAUCGGGACGCAGCCCAGAAGGGUGCUUCCAAACCGGUUGAGGAUCAAGAAGAAGAGAGCGAAGGCGCUAAAACAGGUGAAGAGGACGAAGAUGAAGAUGACGAGGAGCAAGAGGACGAAGGAGUCACGGGCGUCGAUGAGGAGGAGGAGGAGGAUGAAGAUGAUGACGAUGCUGAAGAAGGUGCAGACGAAGCUCAAGCUGACCUAGAUGAAGAGGAUGAAGAGGACGAGGAUGCCGAUGCCGAGGUUGCGGCAACCCCGCAGAAUGAGAGCGACGCGGAAGAGGAUAAUGGGGAUGAAGACGAAGAGGAUGAAGAUGAGGACGAUGAGGAGGAGCCAGAAGUCGAGGCCGAGGCCGAAUCUGACGAGGAAGAAAGUGCCCAGGAGGAUGACGACGCGGGCUCAGACGACGAAGAGGAAGCCGAGAUAAAGAACCAAGACGAGGAUGAAGACAAUGAAGAAGAUGGUGCCCCCGUCGCUGCCGCAGCCGCAGCAGCAGAGGCUGAUGAUGACUCGGAUGAUGAUGCUGAGGAGGAGCCAGACGAGGAACCACCAGCAGCAGCAGCUCCCAGCGCUCUACCACCGCGCGCGCAUAAGCGCUCCGCGAGCGUCAUAUCCGCGGCCAGUCGUGCGGGAAGUAAUCGGAGUGGUAUUGGGAGGAAGAAGAGACGGUGA